UACUUAUGCUGUCAGAUUGUUAGUUUUUUCAUAAUAAUUAACUUUAUGUUGUUUGAGACAAUUAUUUUUUAAGAUCCAGUGGAGGUGAAAGAGUGAGACUGUGACUCUUGUACGCGAUAUUCAAAAGUCAAAUAAUAUUGACUUUUACUGGCACUUUUUACGAAUUAUUACCAAGCUAUAUCACUUUCUUUAAUUGUUAUUCAGUAGUUGUAGUAUAUUUACUUUUGCUUAAAAUGAGUGAAAAAACAAAAAAACCCCGGUUUCAUAUUUCUCGGAAAGAUCAUGUUUGUCCAAUAUUUGGCGCUCCUAAGGAUUUUUCUUUAAGAAAUCUGCCCUCUUAUGCUGACGUUAUUCUUUGUUGUUUUGAACAAAGAUACGUAAUGUCAUCAUCAACAGAAUUACCUUCACAGAAAAUUGCUUUUUCAGAAAUAGCGAAUGUGGUAGCUCAAAAAAUUAAGAUGCUUUAUAUGACAGCAUCUAUCCCUACAGUUUCUCAAACCAGGGUUGAACAAAUGAUCACUGCAUAUCAUGCAAAAUAUUGGAAAAAAAGAAAGUCUUACAAAAGAGAUAAAGAAAAUCCUAAGUUUCAGAAAGCUCAUGAAAUAUUCAAGACCGAAACAGAGAAAAUUUUUGACAUUUCUUCAUGCAAAUGUCAAAUGUCAAAUGACUGUAACUGCGGUAAACCUUUGUCAUUAUGUAUUUGUCCAAACCCUAUUUCUAUUGACUGUGGAUGUGAAAAAGAUCGUAAAAUUCCUGUCAUAGAACGUAAAUUUCUUUUCGAUCAAAGAACUGCCAGAGUCGGAAAGAUUGGUUCUAUAGAUGUACUUGAAACUGCAAAACUUACUCGUCGAGCUGAAAGAAAUGAAAAAACGAAACAUAAAAUGACAUCCUCUAGUACUUACACUUCUUCUGUUGACAAUGCCAAAAGUUUUUCAGAUGAUUUGGAUGACAACAUUGAAGAGUUCGUUGAGAAUCGUUCGCCUGAAGUACAAGAACAUGUCAAAGAUCCAACAUUCGCUCUCAGCCCAUCAACAUCAUACCUUCAAAAGCCUUCUACCUCACAAAUGCGCAUUAAUCUUCCUGAAACUGCAGUAAUUAGUGACCGAUUUGGUGUUUCGGAAAGAGCAACCGCUGCAAUUGCGACGUCAGUUCUGAAAGACCUACAAAUCGUUACUGAUACAGACUUGACUUUUGUUAUAGAUAAAAAUAAAAUCAGAAGGGAGAAAUCUAAAAUCAGAAAAGCCUUGCAACAGGAACCUAAAACUAUGUCCGAAGCCCUUACAUCCCUUUAUUUUGAUGGGAGAAAAGAUGAGACCUUAUACCAGGAGGAAGUAGGCUCCAAGCGUUAUCGCAAAACACGCAAGGAAGAACAUGUCUCUAUUAUAAUGGAACCUGGUUCUCAAUAUAUAACUCAUGUAACGCCUAUUUCUGGUACAAGCAAAGGUAUCACUGAAAGUAUGAUAUCUCACUUAAAUGAAAUGGAAUUUGAUUUUAGUGAACUUCUCCUAGUUGGUUGUGAUGGCACAGCAACUAAUACAGGCUGGAGAGGUGGUAUUAUUAGGCGUAUUGAAUUAUACUUGAACAGACCAAUUCAGUGGAAUAUAUGCUUGCUUCAUGCAAAUGAAUUACCUUUGCGACACGUAUUUCAACAUUUUGAUGGAAAAACAAGUGGACCGAAUUCAUUUUCAGGUACAAUCGGAAAACAACUUCAGGGCGUUGAACACUUGCCUGUUGUUAAUUUCAAUAAAAUUGAGUGUGAUUUAGUACAAGUAACAUGCAGAGACAAUUUGAGUAAAGAUCAAAAAUAUCUUUACGACAUUGGGCAAGCUAUUCAUUUAGGUAAUUGUUCAUCUGAUCUGUCUCUGCGAGAUCCAGGAAAACUCUCCCACGCGCGUUGGCUCACUCUAGGAAACAGAACGUUGAGAUUAUACAUAUCAAGUGAAGACCCUUCUGAAAACUUAGUCCACAUAGUUACAUUUAUAAUGAAAGCGUAUUUACCUAUGUGGUUUCAAAUAAAACUGAACGAUUCAAUUGCAGAUGGUGCGAGACAUGUCUUCACUAUGAUUAAAAAUUCUCGGUACUUACCAGAACAUCUUCUGAGAGUAGUUGAUCCUGUGAUACAACACAAUGCUUAUUUCGCGCAUCCUGAAAGUUUGCUUUUAUCUAUGGUCACAGAUGAAAAUCGGAAUGUACGUAAGAUUGGGGUACAAAGGAUUUUAAAAGCCAGAGAGACAACUUCUACUGCGAAGAAUUCGGUGCGCUCAUUCAUUUUGCCAAAACUGAACUUUAAUGCCACUAAUUACUAUGAAAUGAUCGACUGGUCUUCUACAAUACUAUCACCUCCUCCAGUACUAAGAAAUGUCUUAAAUGCAGAUCUGUUAUCUUCCAUUGAUAACCAACCAUCUAUCUCUCAAUGGAACUUGUCAAGCUUUCCAUGCCACACUCAAGCGGUAGAGCGAACUGUUAAGCUUGUCACUGAAGCGUCGAACAAGUUUGCCUAAAUUUGAUCACAAAUCCCAGUUUGUAAUUAACGCAUAAAGAGAGUUCACUGUACAAAUCUUCACGAUCGUAAAUUUUUUUAAUGAUAGUAGCAAACAAAAAAUUUAAAAAACAAAAAAAUAAUAUUUAAAAAAACAAAAAAAACAU